GUGAAAUGUGAGGUUUCAUCAACGGGGGUCUUUAAUUUGAGAUUCAUUAGCAAAACAAACAAAGACACCGAGUUACAUAUACUGGCUGUGUGUGUCAAUGAAUUGGUUAUAGUCAGUUUAACAGAAUAAUAGGGAGAAUGAACAAUGAUAACUGUGCCUAAUGGAUGUACAUGUAUUAGACACACAACCAAGGAGACCAAGGAGAAACAGCGCCACCUAGUGGUGACGCGGCAGAGGUGCACUUCCCGUGACGCAGAGAAACGCGGUAAAACGAUAUUCCGUUGUGUAGAAGGAGGGGCAGCAGCAGCAGCAGCAGCAGCAUGGCAUCCGACAGCACGAUGGCUACCGUGAACGGACGAGAGGCAGUCUCCCUGAACGGGGAACCGGUCGUGAAGCGGCCGCGGGAGAGCGUCUCGCGGGAGUCCUCUCUCCGGGUCCCGAAGGAGCCGCAGAACAAAGUGACCGUGGUGCUCGGGGCGCAGUGGGGCGACGAGGGGAAGGGGAAAGUUGUGGACUUGCUCGCAAUGGAUGCGGAUAUUGUAUGCAGGUGCCAGGGAGGCAACAACGCGGGUCACACGGUGGUUGUGGACUCGGUGGAGUACGACUUCCACCUGCUGCCCAGUGGGAUGCUCAACAAGAAGGCUGUCUCCUUCAUUGGCAACGGAGUUGUGAUACACCUACCAGGUCUGUUUGACGAAGCUCAUAAGAACCUGCAGAAAGGCAAAGGAUUACAAGGAUGGGAGGAGAGAUUAAAGAUUUCUGAUCGUGCCCACCUUGUGUUCAACUUUCAUCAAGCUGUUGAUGGAAUCCAGGAGCAGCAGCGUCAGCAACAAGAAGGGAAAAAUUUGGGAACCACUAAAAAGGGCAUCGGACCGGCCUACUCCUCCAAAGCUGCUCGCAACGGUCUGCGAGUCUGUGACCUUGUCUCAGAUUUCAAGGUCUUUGAGGGCAAGUUUCGUAUGUUGGCUGAACAUUUCCUGACGAUGUAUCCGGAACUUAACCUGGACGUUGACGGUGAACUGGAGCAGCUGAAGGGAUAUGCAGAGAGGCUGCGUCCCCUUGUGACUGAUGGGGUUUACUUCAUGCACAAAGCUCUUACCGGUCCCAGUAAGAAAAUCCUGGUGGAGGGAGCCAAUGCUGCUCUGCUGGAUAUCGACUUUGGGACGUAUCCUUUCGUGACGUCAUCUAACUGCACCGUGGGGGGAGUGUGCACUGGUCUUGGCGUGCCUCCAUCAUACGUUGGCCGAGUGUACGGUGUCGUCAAAGCGUACACCACCCGGGUGGGCGUUGGUGCUUUCCCAACAGAGCAGGAUAAUGAGACCGGAGAUCUGUUACAGUCCAGAGGGAGAGAGGUCGGUGUGACGACGGGCAGAAGGAGGCGUUGUGGUUGGCUGGACCUGAUUUUGGUCAGAUACGCCCACAUGGUCAAUGGCUUCUCUGCAAUUGCCCUGACAAAGCUCGACAUUCUGGACACGCUAUCAGAGAUAAAAGUGGGCGUGGCCUAUAAGGUUGACGGAAAAUCUCUACCCAGUUUCCCCGCAAACAUGGACGUGCUGACGCGGGUGGCGGUGGACUACGAGACGUUGCCCGGCUGGUGCUGCUGCACCGAGUCCGCUCGGAGCUUCGAGGAGCUGCCGCCUCAGGCACAAAAUUACAUUCGGUUCAUCGAGGACUUCCUGCAAGUGCCAGUGAAGUGGGUUGGAGUCGGCAAGUCCAGAGAGAGCAUGGUCAAACUGUUUUGAUCCGUCUGCCGACCUGCGGGUUCAGAUAAUUUCAGGUUUUGAUAGGAUUACCAGAGGAGUGUAAAAUGCAAACUCUCUUCAAGGAAAUACUUCACCAGCAAGGCUACUUGUGAAACUUUUAGUUGCUGCUUUUGCAUCACAUUUGCAAUAAUUUUUCCCAGAUGUAAUUUAUGCAUUCCACAUAAUGUUUCUUAUAUUUAUUCGGGUGUUAAUUUUUAAAACAUGAUGCAAAUGGAUCGAUCAUUCUUUAUUCCAUUCCACAGUAAAGCAGUUUUCUUUUCUUUUCAAGCAUUUGAAACUCAUUAACCAUAAUUGAUAGCUUUUCUCCCGUUUAUUUUUCUUUACAUAUAUUUGAAGAGCCAUUGAUGAACAGAAGACUUCAUAUUAAAGUGCACAACACAAUAAAGCAAGAGAUACUUUUCAGGCUUUGUAAUAAGAUGGGGAAAUGAAUGACCGCCUUUGUGCGAUCUAUCCGAUAGUGAACUUUUCUAUUGAACAAUUUUAAAACAGUUUAAAAACAUGAAUGCAUCUGUUUGUAUCACUAUUUUCAUGAUGAGUGUUGGAAUGAACAUAGUGCUUUUUAAAAUCAUCCUCAAAAUGGAUAAAUCAACUCUAAACAACUUGAGGUUAAAUAGCUGUUUUCUUCAUAAUAUUUGAGGAGAAGUUAAUAGAAAUUCCUCAUCCACGUAGAGACAUUAGCUGGUCUUUGAGAAGUUUGUGUAAAUGUUAAGAAAAUGGCCAGUGGGCUGUAAUGUACCAGAGUAUAUUUCAAUAUGUUUCAUACACCAUUUCAUUCAUUGUCAAUGAUGUAAAAGACUAAGCUUGCUCUUAUCAAUAAAAGGAAACUUAUCAUUA